AUGUGCACGUGCAGCUUGUCCAACGCGCAGCAACUUUGGGACGAAUGGGAGCUCCAAUGCUUGGUCGUGGCCAGCUUUGCCUUGCAGGCCUUCUUCCUCUUCGCCGCGAGCAUCCGGCGGCGCAACCCGUCGACCGUGCUCCGCGUCCUGCUCUGGCUCGCGUACCUGUCGGCGGACUACGUCGCAGUGUACGUCCUCGGCCACCUGACCCUCAAGAUAGGCGAGCCACGGCACGAGCUGGUGCUCCUGUGGGCACCGGUCCUGCUGCUCCACCUGGGCGGGCAGGAGACCAUCACGGCCUUCUCCAUGGAGGACAACGAGCUGUGGAAGCGCCACUUGCUGGGCCUCGUGACGCAGGUGGUGCUCGCCGUCUACGUCGUGGCCAAGUCGCCGUCGUGGCGGCGCGGCAACGAAGAGCUCCUUGCUCCCGUCGUGCUCAUGUUUGUCUCGGGGACCAUCAAGUACGCGGAGAGGACUUGGGCGCUCAAGACGGCCACCUCGGAGACGAUCAAGGGAAGCCGCAUGGGUGAUCUCUGCAAGACCAUGUCGAGGUACCAAGCCGGAGACAGAUCGCAGGCGUCGAUCGACAGGUACAACAAGGACAUCGUGGGCCGCAGGAAAUGGUGGCUGCAGGAGGAGUACGCCGACCUCGUGGAGGCAGCCGGCGACAGCUUCCCCAACUGCAUAAACGCGUUGAUGGACAUCCCUGUGGCGCCAUGGGCGUACAAGAUGGGCGAGAUCCAGCUCUCACUAAUGUACGACCAUCUCUACACCAAGGUCGGCCUGAGGUACGCGCACGCCCAGCGCAGGCCGCCGGCGGUCGUCUUCACCACCCUUGGCCUCCCGCUCCUGACGCUCGCCACCACCUCGUCGGCUCUGGCGCUAUUUGCUACGACGACGACGAGGAGCAAGGGCGGCGUGUCGUACUACAGCGCCGCCGACGUGGCCGUCUCCUACAUCCUGCUCGCCGGUGCCGUGGCGUUGGAGGUGCUCUCCAUCCUCACCUUCGUGCUGUCCUUCCGGUCCUAUUGCUUCCUGCGGGAGAAACUGGGAGCAGGCAGCAGGCUCACCAGGGCCGUCUUCUGGUCGCUGAAAUCCGUGCGGCCCUACCACAAGCCGCUGUGGUCCAACAAGUGGGCGCAGUACAACUUGCUGGCCGGCUGCAUCAGGGAGAAGCAAGCCGGCUGUCUCUCGAGGAUGAUGCGUCACGUCGGCCUGCUGGGGGACACCAAGCUGCGCCCCAUCUCCGACAGGACCAAGGAGCUCAUCUGCAACGAGCUAAACGACUGGACUAGGAUACAGCAGUUCAGCCAUGUCCGAGGCCAGGGCAUCCUGUCGUUGAGGGGCCUCGCCAAGGACUCGGACCUGUACGAGAGCAUCGACAAGGUGGACUUCUCCACCAGCGUCGUCAUGUGGCACCUCAUCACCCACAUGUGCUCUCUUCUCGCCGCCAGCAACAAGGACGGCGGCGGCGGCGACAGCCGGGAUGAUCACAUGCUUCUGGCCAUGGAGGUCUCCAACUACCUCAUGGACCUAGUCCUGGAGCGGCGCGUGUUGAUCAGCAGCGAGGGCCACGUGGCGCACCGCAAGGCCCGCGAGGAGGUGAAGCAGAUCCUCGCGGAGCACGGCAAGACGAAGCAGGUCGACGCCGACGACGCCGAGGCCGUCAGGGGAGGUGCUGGAGGCCGUCGUGCGCAAGAUCAGGGACCCCGCCGAGAGGGCGGAGGGGGCGUACGGGCAGUUCGCGCGCAACCAGUACGAGACCAUCAGGCCCGUGCUGCCGCGCGCGUUGAGGCUUGCUCGCAUGCUGCUCUCCGGCCAGGACGACCCCGGAACAGGCGGUGA